CAAUCAGGGGGUGUGUCAGUCGGUACAAGACUUCUGUGAAGGCUGCACUCGUGCAUCCUCACUUCCCUCUCCUCCGAAAGCCUCCUCUCUCCUCGACUCCAACGAGUGCAUUUAACGAAUUGAGACGUCCUACCAGAUGGCGAGUCUAAAACGAUUUCCGGGUCAAUUGAUGGAGGAUAGAGGACGGAGGAGUCGAGGGCUCAAGGAGGGAUAAUGGGAUGAACCCUGUGCGUUUAAUUUUGAAGGCCCGGUGACCCAGAAGUGUUUUUCUCUCCAGCAGCGGAUUGUUGUUUUUUAAUCAAAAUGGCGGCUCGCUGGUUCAACUCAGCUGGUGAAAGAGUCUGUUUGUAGCUAGUAAAAAGUAUGAUGAACUCCAGCAGAUCCUCUGAAUGUUUUUAACUCAGACGUAUCUCCCGGUGGACUACAGAGCUACUGGAGUUAGCUUAGCAUGCUAGCUGUUAGCGGAAUUAGCAUCACGGAGAGACUGUGAAGAUGUGUAAAGUCCAAAUGCUGAGAGCGUUGGUGAAGCAGCGACUAACUGCGGCUGCUGAAGAGAUAUUUGGGCUGUUUGAAAGAACGAUAGCAGAGUACGAGGAGCAACUUUGUCGCUCAAAAGAGGAGAACGAGCGACAACGGAAACUACUGGACGCUGUUUACAACCCUCAGCUCAGGUUACACAGAGCAGAGGUCCAGCAGCAGCUGCUGGUGGUUAAAGAAGAGGUUCCCCCUGAGCAGCAGGAGUGGAGCUCCAGUGUGGACCAGGAGGACCCAGAGCCCCCACACAUUAAAGAGGAAGAGGAGGAACUGUGGAGCAGUCAGGAGGGAGAGCAGCUUCAAGGGCUGGAGGAGGCUGAUAUCACCAAGUUCACAUUCACUCCUGUCCCUGUGAAGAGUGAAGAUGAUGAAGAGAAACCUCAGUCUGAGGGACACCACUGUGGAGGACCAGGACCAGAACCAGCGCCUGGAGGAGGAGUACAACCAGUGCCCGGAGGCUCUGAUCCAGAUCCACAUUUACAACCAGAUACUGAUGACAGCGUUGACAGUGACUUUUGGACAGAGACCAGAGAGCGUCUGUCUGGUUUUAUGGGAUGUGAUUCUGGCAACAAAGCGUUGAUCUGUCCUGAAUAUGUUGACUGGACGGAGAUAAGAAACUCUGUGAAACAUGAUGAAGUCCCCGUCAGUGAUUUUCAAUGCAGUGCUGGUGAGAAACCGUUUAGCUGCUCUGAGUGCGGGAAAAGAUUUGGGUUCAAGGGAAAUCUGAAGCGACACAUGAUAACUCAUACGGGAGAGAAACCGUUCAGCUGCUCCGUUUGUGGUCAAAGAUUUCUGCAGAAGGCGCAUCUGAAGCGACACAUGAUCACACACACGGGAGAGAAACCCUUCAGCUGCUCAGUGUGCGAGAAAGCUUUCACACAAAGCGGGAGUUUACAGACACACAUGAGGAUCCACACGGGAGAGAAACCGUUCAGCUGCUCAGUGUGCGGAAAACCUUUCCGGGAAAGUGGAAAUAUGAAGGCGCACAUGAGAGCAUGUCAGAAAAGAUUCAACCGCAGUGUUUUUGACCAAAGAUUCACGUGGCUUUUUCACCUCAGAAACCAUCAGCGUGACAAUCGUCAUUUGUCACAGCUUCAUCAGACUGAGGAGAACAAUGGGGUGGAGCCUCCAGACAACAGUGUAAUUCAGCAGACUGAAGCAACAUCUUAUAUGAGCAACAAUGUUGACCUUGCAAAAACUAUAUGUCAUUUAUAGCUAUUUUACAACUUACUGAUAACAUUACAUCAGCUACUUCCUGUUGUCAGUGAGUGAGGCUAUUUCUGUAGGUUCAGUUUGGCAUGUAGAAGCGAUGAGGCUGGGACUCUCAUGAAGCAUGAGAAAUUUUAGGCAGUUUGGACAGUGUAUGCUCAAGUUACAACAAUUUCUGUUUUAUGGUGAAAUGUGUAAAAGGGUUAAGUUAUGACCCCUGGAAAUGUACAAGAAUUGUACAGGAAAUUCAAAAUGGUGGACCAAUGUUGGUCAACUAAAACAUUUUGAAUUUCCACAAUGAACAUGUUUUCAAUUUUUGUUGACUUAAACUGUUUGAAUUUUCAUCAACUAAAUGGGUUCAAAUUUUUGUCUACUACCAUGUUUUGAAUUUUCGGGGAUUUAAACGGUUAGAAUUUUUGUUGUCUUCAAUGUUUCAAACUUUCAUCACCUAAAAUGUUUUGAAUUUUUGUCAACGAUUUUUCUUGACUAAAACAGGACGCCAGCUUACAGAAAUGACCAACCAUGUUCAUUUCUGUAAAAGUCAGACACUGCUGCAGAACACUAAUUAUAUGUCAUGUUGCUGGAAAUCAGUUGUCAACCCCAUUAUGUAAAUUUCAUGUAAAUCAAAAGAUAUUGUCUGACAACAUUUGAUUCCUGUUGCCAGUAGGUGGCACAAUGACUAUGGCACCGAUUUUUUUUUUUUUUUUUUAAUGCCCUCAGGCCUUGAGCCUUAUGAAACGAGUGAAAUUUGGGGCAGAUUGGACCAUGUAUACUGGAGUUACAAACCACUUCCUGUUUAGCGACCUUGAUUCCAAUUUCUGAUACAUGAAUUAGCCUCACUGGAUUAGUUUAAAGAUUAAAAAAACCACACAGACAACAUAAUGACUAAAAGUUGACAAAAAUGUCAAAUUCUCGUCGACUAAAAUGUUAUGAAUUUUUGUCAAGUAAAACAUUUAGAAUUUUUGUCAAAUACAAUGUUUUGAAUUUUCAUCAACCAAAAACAUGUGGAAUGUUUGUUGCCAAAACAUUUCAAAUUUUCAUCGACUAAAACAAUCUGCAUUUUUGUGGACUAAAUAUACGAAGGAUAAAAAUGACAAAAAUGUGACUGAAACUAAUAAAUAUUUUUGUCUCGACUGAGACUAAAUUUAAAAUAGCUGUCAAAAUUAACACUGGUGAAGGGAGGGUCAAAAAAAGAAUAGAGCCACAUCUUAGCCACCCCCCUCCUCUAAUGGGUAAAGAACUGUCCCGAAUUAAAUAAGAGUGUAUGGCAUUAAAAAACAUGAAAUAACAAACAGUGAUGAUUUAUUAAUUUUAAAAGUAUAAUAAAAUACCUUUAUUCACAAACACAGACUAUUAAUACUCGGCUCAGAUUGCUGCGGCUGGAUGAUGAGAACAUAUGUGACACCAGAAAAAAUUAAAGAAGUCUAAUAAUGCUAUCCCAGACCUGUGUAUUAGGUGUGGACCAGAGAAAAAGACCUUUGUUCACUGUGGGCCAGGAGAUUAGACAAGCUCUGGAGAAUAUAUUGGGCGUACAAUUAACACUGGACCCAAAGUUUUUUUUAUUCUAGGUUUGCAUCCAGACAAACAUCUUACAUCCAAGAAAAUCCCUUUUAUCUGUUAAUAAACAGUAUACUGUAUGAUGUUUUGGGGGGGGCAGGGCUGGAGGGAAAACAAUUCUCCACAGACGUUAGCUAGCGCUAGCUAGCUAGUUCUGUUGGGUUGUUUUAGAUAAUAGAGGAAGAUGAUGCAGGUGUUGCAUUCAAAGAUACUCAUUUGGUUGGUCAUACUUUUAUUGGUUUAUUUUAUUUUAUUACAUAUAAUUUAUAACUUUUAUGAUUGUUGUUAUUUGCAUUUUGUUAUCUUUAAAAUGUCCAACAUGUGAAGGAAGACUUCAUUUUGUUGUUGGACAAUAAUCUGUUUUUGAUAUUCUUCUGUUGAGAACACAGUGUCUUCCAAGUUCUUAUAAUGUAUUUGAGUAUAAAUAAAGAUA